UACCAGCAAGCAAGCUACUGCGUUCGCGAAGAUUUCGCUUCCCAUAAGCAACCAUGGAUCGGAGAACUACUCUAGCACCGCGAAGUCUCACCUUGACUGAAGAGCUGGAAAAAUUGGAGCAGUCCAUAACCUUGACACUGCAGGAGAUCGAUCACAACUUCAGCAGAGCUCAUAGAAUUGUUACAACAAGCAUUCUGCCCAUAGUUGAACAGUACGCGAAGCAUUCUGAAGCAGUUUGGGAAGGAUCAAAGUUUUGGAAACAAUUCUUUGAGGCUAGUGCGAACGUAUCACUAUCAGGCUAUGAGGAGCCGCAGCUUGAAGAUACAACCAUACAUGAUGACGAUGAAACUGCGCAAGCGGACGUUGAGCAGCAUGACGUGAGCUCGUCCCAACUUGACGAAACAAUUGCUUCGCCUGAGAAGACGGUAUCACAUCCUUUCUCCGAUGACGAUGACUUGUUAUCCUCGCCCUCGAUGGGCGGUGGGAGGCACAGCACACCCCGCAUGCCUGCGACUGUGACGAAGAACACCUCGGACAAAGCCACUGAUAUUCCAGGUGCACCAAUAUUUAUGAAGGACUAUCCCUCGCCGUAUGAGACUCUAAAACAGCAAGUGGAAGGCAAAACAGAUAGCAAGACUACAAUGGCACCGAUAACACCAGGCAGGAACACGACUUUACCGAACAUGUCUAUGACGCCAAACACUUCUCCCUUUACUGCGCAGAUUGCAGGGCUAUCGUCAGUUGCUGGCAAGGGGAACAAGGAUACGCUUCUCCACCAGGGAAUUUUGAACAAGAACUUCCGCGUGCAGGCAACCCCACACACCGCAAGAAAGUCGACCAAGCUCGGAAUGACACCAGGGACGGCAAAUAGGACUCGGAGAAUCUUGGAUUUUGAAGAUACAAUGAGUAGUCCGCUGGAAGAAGCACCCGCCCCAAGGUUGCGUGGGGUGUUCUCGCCGAUGAAAGGUUCGCGCACACCGGGAAAGAGCGUUUUGACACCCAAUGUGAAGAAGCAAUUUGAAGAAAGACGAAAGCGGGACAGUAACGUUGGUGCCGAUGCCACUCCUGAGGUGACAAGAGGAAGGACGGGUGGCCUCACAGGACGGUCCAUUGCAUGGGACAGCGAUAGCGAAGAAGAUGAUGACCUAGGAAUGAGCCCACCUAAAACAAUCAUGUUCAAUCUGCCUGAAAGCAGGGUUAUGCAGACACCAGCACAAGAGGCUAGUCGUAGGAUUGUUGAGGAUAUUCUAUACUCUGCAGGAGGGGAUAUGACGGAGGAUUUGGAGGACAGCCCGAGCAUUAUAGGAAGGAACAUAGACCCUCUGGACGACACUUUUUGAUUCUCACACGAACGAUAAAUGAUGUGAUGAGCAACAAUAGACAUUCACGGACGAUACCCUAGUGCACAUGGUAUAGAACGAAUACAUUUCACAGAUACAUCCAAAAGGAUUUUGCAGUUUCCUUUCUUAGCUGAAAAAAGCAGCUCUUAUCCCAGAUUGCCUACACGAUUAGCAGGUCUGAAUUACUAAGAUACUGCUGACAAUCGAAGUCUCAGACCCAGCCGAGCAAACGUUUGAGUGGAAACUCUGCUCGAUUUUCAGCAUCAUGGCUUUACAAUCAGUCAUUGCUGGUGGGCUGCAAGAUGUUCGUGGUCUAGCUUUCUCUAAUCCCCCAAAGUCCCAUGACUUUUCCUACGUAAGGACGAACUGAAUAGU